AUGUCCAUGUCCCUAGAAUAUGCUGUGGUAGACGUGUUCACCAAGACUCGGUUCUUGGGCAAUCCACUGGCCAUCGUCCUCGUCCCAGCAAAACAUCGAACCACCCUCACACAAUGCACCAAGCAAAAAAUAGCCAUCGAGUUCAAUCUCUCUGAAACAGUCUUCCUCCACGAGCAUCCAGAAAACACCAAUGACUCCGACCAACUCGACUCCUUCGACAUUGACAUAUUCACACCAAAAUGCGAAGUCCCCUUCGCCGGCCAUCCCACCAUCGGGACAGCCAUGUACGUCUUACGAGACUAUGCUCGCCGCGCGGGAAACCUCAGAGAACUUGUGACAAAGGCGGGCCCCAUCCCGAUUUCACAGGAAGUUUUGUCUGGACUCUUGAGCGCCUCGAUUCCCUUUGAGUGCCAUCUGCAUCAGACACCCAUUGUAUCGGAUAUGGUGGUGAAGGGCACGGCUCCGAUCAUGUCAUUCGUAAAGGGGCUGUCGUUCGUCCUAGCUGAGCUGUCAGACGUGGAUCGCCUGGCGAGUGUCUCUGCUGGAUUGCUGGAAGAUUGUCUCAACGUUGAGGUUAUGGAUGAUGGGUGGAAUUGCGGGUUGACAGGAACGAAAUACUUUGUGGACCUUGGAAAUGAUGAGAAUGGGAUCAAACAGCUUCGCACGAGAAUGUUUGUUUCUUGGGAAGAUCCUGGGACGGGGAGUGCUUCUAGUGCUCUUGCUUGCUAUUUGGCACUCGAGGAAAGCAAGGAACGCGGGACCGGUCCAUUCUUUUAUCACAUCAUUCAAGGUGUGGAAAUGGGAAGGAGAAACGAUAUCUUCGUCACCGUUUCCCGCAGCGGAGAUGGAGAGAGGAUCACGGAAGUGUUGCUCCGGGGUGAUUCGGUUUUGGUUAGCGAAGGGCGCAUUUCAGCGUAA